AUGCCGACUCCCCAGAAUCCCACGCCCAGUGACUCGGUAAAACCUCAGCCAAUGCACACUCCUCCACCUUAUUGGCAAGAUAGCCGGGAUCCUUCAUGUGCCAGCGAACCCUCUUCGGAUCGCCCACCUCCCAUUAUUCUGGAGGAUCACACUUUGUCUCGCGCAGCCAGCAACGCUGCUCUUUGGGCCAAGUCAAUCACCAUCGACGACUAUGUCAUUGUCCACGGCACUGCACCUGGCAUUGGAGCCUAUGUUGUAUGGAAUUGCAAAGUUCAAACCCUGGAUGGAGGUCCAAUGACCAUUCGAAAACGCUAUUCCGAGUUCGAUGAACUGCGCAACAAAUUGAUCAAAGCGUUUCCCCAAUCCACCAAAUCCUCCUUGCCACCACUCCCACCCAAGAGCGCCAUAUACAAGUUUCGUCCAAAAUUCCUCGAGCGGCGGCGCGAAGGUCUGGCUUAUUUUCUUAAUUGCGUCAUGCUCAAUCCGGAAUAUGCUGGCUCUGCCAUCGUCAAGGAUUUUGUUUUCCCACCCAAGUCUUGA